CUCACCAACCUUCCACCAUUACUUCCCAAAGCAAAACGGACUUUUUAGCGCUUGCUUCUCGGACUCUGCAGAGGAAGAGAGUGGUCGUCGCUGUGGUCGGCAUCGUCAUGGUGUUGGCUCUCCUCAUCGCCAUCCCUCUGUUGGUCCAGACCUCCAAGACCGACGCUCACUACGAGAUGAUGGGCACGUGUCGUAUGAUCUGUGAUCCGUACAAUCCCAAACCGAGCGCGACGGCGCUGGAGGUAAUGCAGGACCUGAGCGCCGUCCCUUCCCCAUCGUUCGUUCAAGGAACUAAGGGAGAACCGGGUCGACCGGGGAAACCCGGACCGAGAGGGCCACCCGGUGAACCGGGUCCGCCGGGUCCGAGGGGCCCGCCGGGGGACAGAGGAGACUCUGGGAAACCCGGGUACCCAGGGGUCACGGCUGGUACAGCGCGCGCCGACACCGGCGGGGAGUUCGGUUCUGCCAUAGGCGGGACAAAGAUCGCGUUUUACGUGGGUCUGAAAAACCCUCACGAGGGAUAUGAGGUGCUGAGAUUCGACGACGUUGUCACGAACCUUGGAAACCAUUACGACCCGACGACCGGCAAGUUCACCUGCCAAGUAUCUGGGAUUUACUUCUUUACCUAUCAUGUGCUAAUGCGUGGAGGCGACGGGACGAGCAUGUGGGCAGACUUGUGCAAAAACGGACAGGUCCGCGCCAGCGCGAUUGCCCAGGAUGCCGACCAGAACUACGACUACGCCAGCAACAGCGUCGUCCUACACCUGGACUCCGGAGACGAGAUCUAUGUCAAACUGGACGGGGGCAAGGCUCACGGAGGCAACAACAACAAGUACAGCACGUUUUCGGGUUUCAUUUUGUAUCCGGACUAACGCAUCAUCCCAACCCCACCCCAGAACCAUUGCAUAAAUAGGCCAAGUACGGGAGCACCGUCCAUUAGACUGACUCUUAUAUAAAGACCGAGAUGCCGGCUGUCGUUGAGUUUUCUGUUUGUACUUUGUGGAGUCGAAGGUGCCAACGCCAUGAUGAUUACUCCGUAUAAAGAGGACAUUGCCGUGUGAUGUAAUGCUAUAUUUUGCUUACAAGUGUUUCUGUGUCUCACUCAAAAAUAUAAAUCUCAGUAUGUAGGCCUAUACAUAUGUAUGUACCCAUAUAUAUGUACCCCAAAAGAAACGAUGACUAAAUGAAUGACCCCAUAGGUAACAGGCUAUACUAAACCUUACUCGCUCCAAAGUGUUACAAACAUGUUUCUAUAUGUCUUCGUAUUCAAAUAUCUAUAUACACACUACGUUGAUGAAUAUU